GGCUGCGGGUCGGAAGGGACGGUGCGUGCUAGCGAGAGGCCGAUCCUUUGGAAAAGCAAGCUUCCUGCAGCGUGGAUGGCUGGAUAAGAAGCGAAGUGAAUAUUUGGACGGUACCGGCGAGGAACGUCAAGGUGUGACCGGCGCCGAUGUGACGCCCGCCUGACGCCACCGGACGCCAUGCAGCCGGUCGAGUUGUACGGGUGGGUGGCGGCCGCCGCCGCCGCCCCUCUCCAGGUCACGCUGGCCGUCGGCGUGCUGACCCUGCUGCACGCCUGCCGCGGUCGCUGGCGCACCGUCGACCUCUUCCUCGUGGCCGUGCUGGCGCAGCAGCUGCUGGCCGCCGUUCUGGCGCUGGGCUUCGCGCUGCUGCGGCUGAUGCGGCCGGACGCGGCUGCCGCCUGCGCCGCCUUCGCGUGGGCCUGGACGGCGCUGCGUACUCUGCAGGCAUCCACGGUGGCGUCCAUGGCCGCCGACCGCGUGCUGACCGCCCAGUGGCCCUACAAGUACCGCUACUUCGUGGCGCUGGUCACCGUGCUCUGCUACGCGCUGAACCACCUGCCCUACCUGGUGAGUACGACGGCGACGCCAUACGGUCCGAACGGCGAAUCGGAGGGGCGCGCGUAG